UGACGAACACCUUCAAGUGACAGAGUGAGACAACGAAUAGGGAUUGGGCUCCCUCUCUGGCAUGGCCUUCAGUUUGUUGACGAUCGACAGUAUCCGUGGCUAGAUAUUAGAAUGUUCAUGUAUGCUCUUUCAAGUAGGAUAGGAUAUGACAAUAUUUGACAUUGUGAACAGUAUACCAUGUCUUUCGGGGAUGAAAACCCGUGGAAGUUUCCGAAAAUGAAAAGUCCGCUAGUGGAGUUAAUCGAGCGCCUGCCUGGGAGUCCCCUGGACGAGAUAGAUGUGCAGGGGUUGUUUAGGAAUGGGAAAUCAACCCCCAUUUACUCUGAUGGUGUGGGGUUGAUUUGGAAACAACCAGUGCAGCAGGAAACAACAGCGCCGAUCUUUCUAAAACCUGGAAGUGUACAACCAAACACAUCGAACGGUGACGUCAAGAUGCCGGAGACAAAAGAUGACGAUUCGGAUGAAGAUAGGGAUUUCAUUACCAAGAGCCUGCCAGCAAUACGAGAGGAGGCAAAGCUGGUCCUGGAGAAGUUCUUGAAACGUAGCCUCAGUCAGAAUGACGCAUCACCAAUGCGUCAAGUCCUGCAUGAGCCACAGUUAGAGGUCAUCACAGAAGAUAAGACUGUAGUGUCAGAAAAUGGGACACAUCAUUCAACGUCGCUUGGUGCUAAACCAAAAAAGAAAACUGUGCAAUCGAAAAAUGGUGCUCUUAAAGUGCGUCCCUCAUUCGACCGCAGUGACAGUUACAUGGCUGCUGCCAAACGAUCUGUCAUCGACUCAAUUCAGAAACAUGGGCAGCGGGGCGCGGAUCAAGAAUGGAAGCCUCAGGCACGAAAUAAAGCGAAUACUGUAUCAUCUGCUGAUUAUAAAGACAAUACUAAGCGCUCCAGUGGGAUGAAAUACCCUCGGCGGGCAUCGAGUAAUAAAGCAGAAGGCGAGACGCCAACACCUCCCACUAUUGCGAUGAUGAGCACCAUCUCAACGACAACAGUAGAUCGGAAAGACUCGUGGUCAUCCCGCCAUGACUCAAGCAGUGACGAUGAUGAGGACAGUUUCAAAAAGCGGAAGAAGAAAAAUGUGUUCACCCGCGCGAAGGAGCGAUUACGAAUGAGUUUCAGGAAGCGGGAAUUGAAUGCACGAGAAAAAUUUCUACGAAAAGAAUCGAAACGAGCGUCACCAAAACAUCAACCUGCACCCCAAGGGGGAGCCGCGCCUGUGAUAAACAUUCAUAAAGCUACUCCUUCUCCAGAUAAAUCUAGUAGUAGCAGCCUGCCAAACAGUUCGCCCUCCACGGGAGACAUUUUGGACAGUAUUACUCAUCCAACACCAAGCUCCCGUGGCUCUUACGACAAAACUAGCUCCAAUGGAUUUGAGUUUAAGCAAUCUGGGAGUCGAGACUGUAGCGAGGGGCGCCACACCCCAACCACCCCUAGUCCAAGUGGUUCAAAGAAGUUCAAAGUGAAAACAGGAUCUCAAACCCCAACUACACCUAGUCCGAGUAGUUCCAAGAAAUUCAGGGUUAAAACUGGAUCUGAUAGCUCAAGGCAUUCCACAAGAGGAGUAGAGAGUGAAGAGUCAAAAAACUCUCUGUGGCAAUGGUUGAGGAACUCAAAAUUAGGGGUCAAAAGGAGGUCUUCAAAAGAAAAAGGAAGCCGUACUCCAACAAAAAACGUUGAGAUUACUUCAACACUCACUGUUUCGGACACACGUAUUAACCAGGUCAACCAAGUAAAAGGCUCAACAGACAUUGUACGAACGUCCAGUCUUGGUAGAUAUGAGGGCAUGAGGAUUCAACAAGGUCUUUCACUAGAAAGUCGGACUAAUAGUGCUGGUGCUCAUGAUAGUCAUCGCUUCAAACGCCCUGGGGACAUCAUAGUAGCUCACGGGCCAAGUGGGAAGAAUUUAGACAGUGGCCGUGAUGCACCUAAAAGGAAGGAAAGUUUCCGCGAGGAGUUAAAACGGACCUUCAGUAUUAAUAAAGGGGAUAAUAUCGGUAUUCAAAAGAAACAUUCAUUCAAAGGACGGUGCUUGUAUGCUGAUCGGGAGAAUUUGAAGUUGGACCUUGUGCCGUGCCGGCCGCGACCGUCUGGUGGCGAGGGGCUGUCGUCCGUGGUGGUUCCAGAUUGCCUGCCAGGAACACCAGAUGAAAACAAAGUCCUGACGACAUCGCUGAAAUUUCACUCGGACCGCAGUGAAACUGAAAAGGGUGAAAUCUAUGAUAGAAUUGCGGAGAGGCUUGACAAUAUUGCCGAGGACUACCCCAGCACCCCGUUAAGGUCAAAUGUUGCAACACCGCCACAACAAAGGGCGACAGUAGUAGUUGCUCAUUCCCCAACACCCCCUGGGGCUGCUGGUGGAUAUGAUGGACCAGCUCUUGAAAAGGAGAUUGCUAAAUACCUUCGAAAUAAAGGUGACAACAUGGAUCUCGUUGAUGGGACUGCCAUACCCCAGGAAGCACUAGCAGAAAUCGUGCGGACAAUGAGCUACAAAAAGUUCAAGAAGGUCAUGCGACAAUACACGCAAAAUAGUGAGCCAGACUUCCACCAGAUGGCACAGCUAUUCCACUUGGCUCGUGGUGCCGUACAGCUGGUCGGAGUCGGAGGAAAUGCGGUGACUACUAUCAAGGAUUAUACACUCAACUACUUUGUCGAUUACUUUGCCGGGUGGAUAAUUGGGAAAGGUGGCUGGGACUCUGUGAUUGAGGAUUCUGACGAAGAUGAAGGAGGUACUCAGGUGUGACCAGAUGAAAUAUUAGAUGAAAUUUUAUGACUCUAUUGUGUUCAGGAGUUUGCGUGACGGUGAUUUGAAAUAGGUUAUGUACUUGCCAUUUUGUGAUGGACAUUUGAAAGUUUCUAGCGCUUUUGAUAAUAAGUUCCAUAUUUAUGUAAUUUUAUUAAAAGAAAUUUUAAAUUGAAGCUUGUAUGAUUGUUGUUUGUUAAAGAUUGUUUUUUUAAAAACACUUGCAUGGUGAAACCUUAUGAUUAUAUUGGAUAUUUAGAAAAACUCAAUGGCAUCCAAGGUGUUAACUAGGUCAUCAAUUGGUCACUGACAAGACAAUUGGUCACUUUCAUAUUUGCGCAAUGAGUGUGUUGGGUUUUAUAUUGCUGGGGAAGGUAGAAGUGUGAAGAGUAUUGAGCUUUAUCAAUGUAAUAACUCAAUAGGUUGGUCACAUUUGCUCCAAAUUUAUUUCAUGCUAAUUUAUUAUCAACUCCUGCCGCAUUUGCUAUGUCUGUUUGUUCAACCAAGAUUUCUGGUUGAUACUUGGUAUUUUUGUAACACCCAGUAUGAAAAAUAGUGUCUGUGACUAUUGUAACUAUGGGGUGUUACAAAAAAACUGUACCCAUCAUUGUGAUAUUUUGGUACACCGCUUUUUCUACCCUUUACUUGUAUGCUUUGUAUAAUUUGUAUAUACAUGUAGAACCUUAAAGUCUUUCACAAAUUUCUUUUCUGUAUUUCUUUGUGUAGCCUUGGCUACAGUGACACUAUAGCAUACAGUGACACUAUAGCAUAGAUUAAGAUGGUGAGGUCAUAUAGCCAAGUGCUCCUGCCCAUUUAAAAUCCCCUGGUACAUGCUUGCCUGACUGGUCAGUUCUUUUUUUUUGUAAUAUAUAUAUAU